CACGCGUACAGAUCCCUCUGCAGAAGGGGCAGGCGUCCUGCUUCAUGCCAUUGCCGCUGUUAUUAGUCCACCCCCCAUCCUCCCCCCGCUGCCCACAUUUAUACAUCACGGCGCAAGGAGAAUGGACUGAUUUCCCUGAAGGACAGAGGGGCGACCACAAAAAAUGUGAGAGGAAAGAUAAUUUGCAUGAACCCCUUCCAUGCUGGUGCAGUCCUGACAGUUAGAGACUGAUCCUGCUACCUAUGGCAUUAUGGAGUCCCCCAGCGUAGACAAAGAUCUGCUAGAGGGAUGCACAUCUCCCUUCGAGCUCAAAUCGGUUCCAAACAAGAAGAUGUGGGUCAAACUACGAGCUCUCCUGAAGUAUAUGGUGAAGCAACUAGAGAAUGGAGAGGUGAACAUUGUGGAACUGAAAAAAAACUUGGAGUACACCGCCUCAUUGCUGGAAGCUGUAUAUAUCGAUGAGACACGACAAAUCCUAGACACAGAAGAUGAACUUCCAGAAAUACGCUCAGAUGCUGUACCCUCUGAGGUCAGAGACUGGCUGGCUUCUACAUUCACACAGCAAACGCGGGCCACUGGUCGACGGUCCGAGGAGAAGCCCAGGUUCCGCAGCAUUGUACAUGCUGUACAGGCCGGCAUUUUUGUGGAGCGAAUGUUUCGAAGGACGUAUACAGCAGUUGGACCAAAUUACUCUGCAGCUGUUGUUAACAGUUUAAAGCACCUGGACUUGUGGGACUUUGAUGUAUUUGUGCUGAAUAGAGUCAGUGAAGAUCAUGCAUUGAAAACCAUUGUGUUUGAACUUCUCACUAGACACAACCUGAACAGUCGCUUUAAGAUUCCUGUUGCGUUUCUAAUGAGCUUUCUGGAUUCCCUGGAGAGUGGCUAUGGAAAGUAUAAGAAUCCUUACCAUAAUCAGAUCCAUGCAGCCGACGUGACACAGACAGUACACUGCUUCCUCUUGCGUACAGGCAUGGUGCACUGCCUCAAUGAGAUUGAGAUCCUGGCUAUAAUUUUUGCAGCUGCCAUCCAUGAUUUUGAACAUACAGGUACAACAAACAGCUUCCACAUCCAGACAAAGUCAGACUGUGCUAUCUUGUACAAUGAUCGAUCAGUACUGGAAAACCACCAUGUCAGCGCAGUGUAUCGAAUCAUGCAAGAUGAUGAAAUGAACAUAUUUGUGAAUCUUACCAAGGAUGAGUUCACGGAGUUAAGGUCUCUCGUUAUUGAGAUGGUCCUGGCCACAGACAUGUCUUGUCACUUCCAGCAAGUGAAAACCAUGAAAAGCUCCCUACAGACACUGGAGACCACUGACAAAUCAAAGGCAUUAUCUCUACUACUCCAUGCAGCUGACAUUAGCCACCCUACAAAGCAGUGGAAAGUGCAUGCACGGUGGACCAAAGCUCUAAUGGAGGAGUUCUUUAGACAGGGUGACAAAGAGGCUGAACUGGGGUUGCCAUUCUCUCCACUUUGUGACCGCAAGUCUACAUUGGUAGCUCAGUCUCAAAUAGGCUUCAUUGAGUUCAUUGUCGACCCAACAUUUUCAGUGCUGACUGAUGUGGCUGAAAAGAUUGUUCUUCCAUUAGUAGAAGAGGGCAGCAAAACUAAACCAGCUGCUCCUGUCAACCAGUCCAGCUCUCAGUGGAGACAACCAUCGCUAGAUGAACAGUCUGAACUGGGUGACAUUAAUGCUGACCUGAACAGCUUCCGAUCAACAUGGACCAAGUAUAUCCAGGAAAAUAAGCAGAAGUGGAAAGAGAGAGCAGCAAGUGGAAUCACGAACCAAACGUCUGUGGAUGAACUUUCGCCCUGUGUGGAAGAGCACAGCACAGAGGAAAAUGGCACUACUCCAUCUACAUAGAGGUCCAGAUCCCAUCCCUGCAGUACAGAAGGACUAGGGCACAGGGAAUAAAGAGAUUGGAUCUAAAGUCGCAGGUCACUUGGCACGCACAGAACAUCUGGCAUUCAGGGAACUUGACUGUCCUCAGAAUCCCUUGUUUGUGACACUGUGUGGGCUGACCCACAGAUCAUUGCACAGCUCUUUCUCUCUGUCCACCUGUCUCUGCUUUGUGGGUCUGUCUCUUUUUUUGUGGAUCAUUAGGAUGCCACCAUAUUGAACUGCCUUUGCUCUGUUCAGCCUCUAAAACAGAGCUGUCUUUUUCCUUUUGUGUGUCUCCUAGAUUAGGACACUUUUUAAUUUUUUAUUUUUGCUGUACACAGUCACCACCAGUCACCAACGUACAAUCAUCCACAUUUUAUAUUGUUUGCCUCUCAUGGCUCUAUCAAAGCUCUGCAUGACUUACGGUAGUUCUUGUUUUUCCAGAGUGAUGCAAAAAACACUUCACUUAUGCACAGUGACAUGAAGAACAGGAUAUAGAACUCUGGCUCUUCACCUCACCUCAAGAUUGAAACAAGGAGUUGUUCAAACUAAAGUAAAUGUCAUUUUGUAACUUAGGAAAAUGCAAUAUAACAAAACAUUGAACAAUGUUCACCAAAAAAA